AUGAUGCCUCGAGACUCAGUAUACGGUCCUUGGCCCUCCAGCGGGGAGAUUGACAUUGCGGAAAGCCGCGGGAACGACGCGGAGAGGUAUCCGUCGGGACGCAACAUCAUCAGCUCGUCGAUGCACUGGGGCACGACAUACGAUAAAGAUGCGUAUCUGCUCAGCAUGGGGGAGUGGGGAUCCAAGCGCACCAAGUACUCGGAUGGGCUUCAUACGUUUGGGCUGGAGUGGUCAGAGAAGUAUCUGUUUACCUGGCUGGACGGGCGACUUCGCGUAAGUGGAUUUGGGAAUAAUGGUGAAGGUCGUGAAUUGAAUCCAAUUAAGGGUAUCAUGGGAAUCUUAGCGCUGUACACAGGAUGA